AUGUAUUCUCUCUUUUUUGCUAUAGUUUAUAUAUAAAUACAUUUUAAAUCAUGGCAGAGACAGGAAGGAUUUAUUCAGCAGUUUAUUCAGGUGUACCUGUAUUUGAAACUAUUAUAAAUGGAGUUGCAGUCAUGCGUAGACAAACAGAUUCCUUUAUGAAUGCAACACAAAUCUUAAAAGUUGCAAAUAUUGAAAAAGGAAAAAGAACUAAAAUUUUAGAGAAAGAAGUUUUAAUCGGUGAACAUGAAAAAGUACAGGGAGGAUAUGGAAAAUAUCAAGGCACUUGGAUCCCUUUUAACAAAAGUAGAGAAAUAGCAGAAAAAUAUGGUGUGAAAGAAGUAUUAGCGCCCAUUAUGGAUUUUGAUAUGGAUAGCGUUAAUUCUCAAACUGGAUUAAAUACUUUACUUACAAAAGAACAAGCGAUUGUUGCUGGAAAGAAAUCCGCUCAUCAGACAUCACAACCAAUGACAACUACGCCAGUAUCAGCACAACCAGUACAAGAAUCGCCACAGAUACAUUUACACCUUCAUUUACCUACACAACAGCAAAUAAAAAUACGUAAUCCUACUAAUCACGACGAACAUUCCUCUUCACCUGCACGUAAAAAAACAAAAAUAAUAAAUCAACAAUCUGAGGCUUUAUCUUCAAGUAUUGAAUCAUCUAUGUUAUCUCCUUCAACUCAAAUACCUUUACCUGCCCCUAUCGAAGCCAUUAAUGAAGCUGCUGCCGAUGAGCGUAACCGAAACCUUUUAAUGUCCAUUUUUUUAUCGGAUAAACCAGAACAAAUUCCUGAUCUACUCAGUAUUGAUUCACACUCAACUACGAACAAAUUCAACAUUGACAUGGUCAUUGAUGAACAAGGAAAUACUGCUCUACAUUGGGCUACUGCCUUGGCGCGCGUCAAUACAGUCGAAUUACUUGUGUCACGAAGUGCUAAUAUUGCUUGUCGUAAUUUUGCAGGUGAAACACCACUUAUACGAGGUGUAAUGGUGACCAAUAACUAUGACAACCAUUGCUUUCAUCGUGUUUUUGAUCUCCUCAAAGAGUCGGUCAAUAUUUUUGAUAAUAGAAAAAGAAGUGCAAUUCAUCAUGCAGCUCUUACAGCAGGUAUUCAAGGUCGUGUGCAUGCCGCGAUUUAUUAUAUGAAGACAUUAGUGGACUAUGUUGUAUCGUGUUCAGAGAAUCCAAAAUUAAUUUUGGAUGCGCAGGAUGAUAUGGGUGAUACAGCUUUGAUGAUUGCAGCACGUUUAGAGUGCCAACCUUUGAUAAGUAUAUUGAUGGAAGCAGGUGCAACUAAAAAGGCACAAAAUAAUAUAGGUCUUGGCUUAACAGAUUACAAUACUACUAUGAAAGAAGAUUCUCCAAUGGAGGAAGCAAGUCAUCCUCAACGUAUAUUUUCUAAUACUUCAUCGUAUUCCAAGCGACCUUAUGCACCCAGUCAACGAGGAAAAGAAAUUGUAGCAACCGUACAAAAGAUUGUAGAUGCAUUAGAUGAAGAAUAUGGAGAGCAAAUAUCUGCUAAAGAACAAGAAUUACAACGACUCGAUGAAGAACUCAAUGCUGUAACACGUGAACUUGAAACCACACGUAAAGGGUUAGAAGAACGGCAAGCACAAUCACAACAAUUAUCAGAAGUACAACAAAAGACACGUAAUAUUGAAGCUGCUCUACAGACAGGAUGGGAUCAGCUUGAACAUAUCAUGAAACAAGGUAAUAAAGCAAUGCCUUCACCCGAAGAUAUUGAUCGUAUUGAUGAAAAUGAGGAUAUCGAUACCAUUUACUUUGGUGUUCCUCAACUGGUUAUUGAUGAUACAAUGGACGAAAAAACAAAAAAAGACCAGCUUGAAGCCUAUGUAAAUGAUCUCCAAGCUAAAGUGAAAGCUUAUACAGCUAACGACCUUGCAUUACAACAAGAGAUUCAUAAGAUUGAAGCUCAAUUUGUAGAGCGAGAGUUACAAUGUAAACGAUUGAUUGCAGCUUGUUGUAAUUUACCAAUUGAUAAAAUUGAUGAGCUUGUUGAGCCUUUGACACUAGCUAUUGAAAGUGAUCCACCUGAUCUUGAUUUAGCACGUGUAAUUGGAUUUAUGGAUAAGAUACGUAGACAAGGAGGAUUUUCUGAACAAGAGCAACAGCAGCAAUCGAAUAGCAAUAUUUUUUCAGGAAUUAUACCUCAUUCACCACAACCUGAAUCAUCAUCUACUGCUACAGCCGCUACAGUUCAACAUACUUAAAAAAAAAAA